CGAGUCCACAAGCAGAUCUUCAUAAGUUUUGGGGAUGCCUUCCUGGGUGCACGCCACCCAACUACGAAACCUACCGCAGAGAAGACCUUUUAUUACUCGCCCGCGAUAUGUCCUAGCGGAUUCACCAUCGGCUGUUCGUGAUUUAGAAUUGAACAAGGGCCCCGCGAAGAGCCUACUGAGACGGUCAUGCUUUGUGCUAUGAGUGAUUUCUCCUGCACCGAGGAGAAAUAUUACGAGGUGACAGAUACAGACUUGUCGGUUUCGUAAAUUAUGAAAGAAAUCCGCUGGGCUGAAAGCGACCUUUCUAUCCUGGAGACUCGCCCAGUGACGCCUAGCUUGGUUCUUGCUAGGAAAACAUCCGUAAACAGGCUUGACAGGACGCGGACUCGGACUCGGACUGCAUCAUCGUCUAGCAGACUAGGGGCUACCACAUCAGCGACGCCAGUCAGUAAUCACGAUGGACUAUCUACCGGCGUAAAGGCUGGAGUUGGUGUUAGUGUAGGAGGCUUGCUUAGUCUAUUGUUUGCAGGGCUGGCAUUCUUUAUGAUCUUACGAUACAGGGAAAAGCGCAGAAAUAGACAAGAUGGCAAUGACCCUACAGUAACGCAGCAGCCUCUAUUAGGACAGCCUCCCACGCAGCAAUAUACUCAAGCUUUAGGGCCAGGACAGCAAGGGCAGACAGUUCAAGGAUCUGCCCAGCCUCUACCUACUACACCAGGAGGGACGGUAGGCAAUGAAUCGAUCAAUGCCCAUAAUGACGGCCCAACCUCAGGAGCAGGUUCACAACCGAUGCACACACCGCAUUCCGCAGUACCCAGCGGCCAACCAGUGCCAACAGCCUCGGGCAGCUCUUCCAACACAUUACCUAAUAUACAUAAUGCAGCUGCUGUGCCUUCUACAAUUUCCGAAACCCCAAGACGUAAGGAGGCUGUAUGGUUCAUAGGGACGAGGCUUUCACAGCUACAGCGAGAGGCAAUGCACCUAGUAACAGGUGAAGCAAAGCUCAAAUGAUGAAGGGUGCAACGGGUGGGGUUGGCAGGGCCUGGCGAUGAAGAGCAGCAAAUACCCAUGAUAAUACAACAGGUUCAAUCGACGAAGCUAUAAGUCGGUGCCCAGGUA